AUGGGCAAAAAGAGGCCCACGCUCAAGGGCACUGUCCAGCGUGGCUACGCGACCACGUCCACACCCAAAAAGGUCCAGGAUCCGCCUCCGGCAGCAGCAGCGGCAGCAAAGAAGCCUGCUACGAGCUCUGCAAAGACCACCCCGGCAGCCGCAGUCGACUACGAGAAGAUCAACGAUGAGAGUCUCGCAGACAAUCUCUCCGCGUCCAAAUCAGUCACCGCCGACGGCAAACAUAGCCCGGGCGACUUUUUCGACCCGGAAAAGGAGGAAGAGCAAGCGCUCCAGAACCUCGUCGACAAGCUUCAGGAGCGAGUCGACAAGGAAGUCUCUCGCCAGCACAAGGCCAUCGAAUAUGACCGAAGAUUUGCCAAAACGCUGCCCAACUUUGAAAUGGACAUCGAGCUUCGCGAUCAGGUGCUGCAGGUAGCUGCUGAUCUCAACAAGCAGACGUCUGCGACGGGCUCCACCACCGCCGAUGCUGCGACAACCAAUGGCGCUGUAGAUAGUGCCCCUGCUGCCCUCGCCUCCUCUACAGACGCUUCCGCUACUCCAGCCACAACGACUUCAGGUACCGCAACCGCAUCUGGCAGCGCUACACCGCUCAGUAUGGGCUCAUCUCACACCUCGCUCGCUAUGGCCACCCUGACCAAAGACCUUCAAAAACUUUCCGUCACCAACGCAAGCUCGUCGGGAGCAGGCUCUACCUCCUCCUCCAACUCAGCAUACACAGAGUCCGAAGACAAGGUUAUGGCAAAAGCAUUGGCAACAUACCAGAUCCUCCUCAAGCUGGGCUUCUCAUCGGCGCAGGUCGAAGAUGCUUUGUCGCGGGCUCCAUCCCCCGACGUCGAAGAUUGCUUGUCUUACCUCUAUCUGGUCCUUGACGAGGAGUCGCUCGAGGACGCUGUCCGAGCAGGCGAGGGCAAAGCUGCCAAGAAGCGUCGAGACAAGGAAGCGAACAACAAAGAUUUUCCCACCCUCAACGGCGCUGCUGUUGACAGCAAUGAGGGAAACAAUGACGACGAUGACGAAGAGUACGAUGAGAGCAGACCGCCAGUCCAUGAUGCAUACGACUUUCAUCGUUCCGAAACGCUGGGUAAAAACGACUUUGCUCGCACAGAGCCGCCCGCAAAUUCCAAGCAAAACUCAGGCGCUGCACCUACAGAGGGCGCCUCAAAGACGUCCACAGCAUCGACGCCAGCAGCGGCGACACCUACUGCACCGAAAACCAACGUCGAUCGCGACAAGGUAGACGCUCUCAAGAAAGCGUGCGAACGUGUCAUCUUGCAGCUGAGCGACGACUUAGAUUCAAAUCAGAUCGACACGCUCGAGAAGCCAACGACAACGUGGUCCGUCUUGCGAGCCAUGCAGAUCCGCAUCGACCAGGAAAAGUCCAAGUGGAAGAAGGAGCUGGGAAAAGAUGGCGAUUCGCACAUGAAGCAGGAGGACGCCAGACUUGAACGCCUCCUCGGUCGCACCAAAGACUUUAUGCGCGAGUGUGAGCGCGGAGCCUACUUUGACCAAAAGACGGCCACCACUGGUUUCCGACAGGUGCUGCGUCAACGCGAGGAAAGCGAGCAGCAGCUUAAAGCAGCUGAGGAAGAGGAAGAGCGGAAACGUCAACAACGUCGCCGUGAGAUUGAAGCUGCAACCGGAGGCGACUCGACUGCUUCAACAGAAGACAGUGAUCAGGACGUCAAGCCAGCAUCGACAGGCAAACCUUCAAGUCCCACAGAGCCGAGUAACACAGACAACAACAAGAAGGAGGCAGCUCCCCCUACAGCCGCCCAGGUAGACGGCAAAACCGCAGACGCUGGCUCCGACGAUGAAGGCGGCUUCUUUGGCGACCUUCUCAACGAAGGCCCAAUCGAGGACAAGGAUGUCGAAACCGGCGCGGUCGUUACCAUGCGCAAUCUGCCAGCUCGAGCCAAGAGCGGUGGCGGAGGCAAGACGCCACGAGUCAUGCUUUCCGACGCCCUCAAGCGAGCCGAUCCUUAUUCGACAUACAAGUUCACCGCCAUCGCUUCUGGCGGCCGAGUGCACCGCAGCAAGCUCACUGUUCGCUGGAACGGAGGCAAAGUGGUGCCCAACAAGAACCCCAUCACGGCAGGUGCUCCAAGCUACGUGGACGAGUACACUCUCACCACCGUCGGCUGCGCUUCGCAGCUCCAGGCGGAUGAUUUUGUGGCCACGAUCGCCCUCUUCUGCAUCGACCGCGACAAGUCGGUCCAGCGCGCUCUUCCGCCCGGCUAUCGCGAGUGGUGGGAAGAGCUCACGAGUCUGCAAAAAGAGGAGAGGGAUCGCAAGAAUCGAACCCGCUUCCAGCGCGUACGCGACGUUAUCCGCGUCAGGAUGGACGAGGCCUCCGCAGCCAAGAAAUCCAAAGGCAAGAUAGCUCCCGGCAACUUCUCAGCAGCAGCAGAGCAGACCGAGCUGGGCGAACUGUCGGCUGCUUCUGCCCCCCAGCCCUCGGAGGCACGCGCCAAGGAUAUCGUCGAGUAUUUUUCUAACCGCAUCGCAUCGCCUUCCUACCAAAAGAUGCUCCCGGGUCGACAGGGUCUACCGAUCGCCAACCAUCGUCAGGAGAUUCUCGACUUGAUUGAGAACAACCAGAUCUUUGUCCUCAGUGGUGAGACGGGAUGUGGUAAAUCGACGCAGGUGCCCGCCUACAUCCUCGAGCACUGCAUGUCGCAAGGCCGACACUGCAAGAUCUACGUCACCGAGCCGAGACGUAUCUCGGCCAUCUCGCUCGCCGAACGUGUGAGCGAAGAGCUGGGUGAGCCCCGCAAGAGCGUUGGAAACAAUGACAGCUUGGUCGGCUAUGCCAUCCGCCUGGAGAGCAACGUCGGAAAGAACGCCAGACUCGUCUACGCCACUACAGGUAUUGUGCUCCGCAUGCUCGAGGGCACUGCCUUCAACGAGAUCACGCACGUCAUCAUCGACGAAGUGCACGAGCGAUCCAUCGAGUCUGACUUUUUGCUCAUCAUCCUCAAGACGCUUAUCGCACAUCGCAAGGACCUCAAGGUCAUCCUCAUGUCCGCCACGGUGGAUGCUGAGCGCAUCAGCAAGUACUGUGGUGGAUGUCCCACCAUCGCCGUUCCAGGCCGCACUUUCCCGGUCAAUGUGCACUAUCUCGAAGAUGCGGUGGAGGUGAGCAACUACGUUAUCGAGGACGAUUCGCCCUACGCCUUCCGUCCAAAGCGCGGCUACCGCAACGGCGACGGGAAUGCCCGGAAGCAGAACGCUCCAGGUAACAAGAGCAAGCUGCAGCUGGUUGCUCAAGCUCCUCCGGCCGAGGAGGAAGACGAUGCGGCGUUGCUCGACGACGAUGAUGAGGACCCUGAUGGCCAAGGCCCCAGCACUGGCAGCCUCGGCAAAGCGUAUCGAAGCAAGACCAUCGAAACACUUGGCAAGAUGAAUGAGUAUGUCAUCAACCACGAUCUCAUCAUCAAGAUUCUCGAGCGGGUGUGUCUAGAGAAGGAUCUCCAGCCGUGCAGCGCGGCCACGCUCAUCUUCAUGCCUGGUCUUGCUGAGAUUCGCAAAUGCCACGACAUGCUCGUGGAUCAUCCCACAUUCGGCGGAGCUGGCUUUCAGCUGUUCCCCUUGCACUCGACCAUUUCGUCCGAGAAUCAGGGUGCCGUCUUCAACGUUCCUCCACCCGGUGUGCGCAAGAUCGUGAUUGCUACCAACAUCGCUGAGACGGGUAUCACAAUCCCGGACAUCACGUGUGUCAUCGAUUCGGGUAAGCACCGCGAGAUGCGGUAUGACGAGAAGCGCCAAAUCUCGCGGCUAGUGGAGUGCUUCAUCGCCCGGAGCAACGCCAAGCAGCGACGCGGUCGUGCGGGCCGUGUGCAGGAGGGCAUCUGCUUCCACCUGUUCACCAAGUACCGCCACGACUCGUACUUGGACGAGCAUCCUCUACCGGAGAUGCUUCGUCUGUCGCUGCAGGACCUUGCGCUCAAGCUCAAGAUCAUGAAGAUCAAAAUUGGCAACACCAUCGAGAAUGCGCUAUCGCAGGCGCUGGAUCCACCGAGCUCUGCUAACGUGCAACGAGCUAUUGCAGCGCUCGUCGAGGUCAAGGCGCUCACGUCAACGGAAGAAAUCACGCACCUCGGUCGACACCUGUCCAAGAUGCCACUCGAUGUGCACAUGGGCAAGUUCCUGCUCGUGGCGACCUUGUUCAAGUGCCUCGAUCCGGCGCUGACCAUUGCGGCGGCAUUGAACUCCAAGUCGCCAUUCAUGACGCCAUUUGGCAAGGAGCUGGAGGCAGACAGGGCCAAGCAAAGUUUCAAGCUGGGCGACUCGGACUUCUUGACCAUUGCCAAUGCGUUCAACGGAUUCCGGCGCUCCACGGCACAGAAUCACCACCGCACGUUCUGCAACCGCAGCUUCCUGAGCAUCCAGAAUCUGCUGCAGAUCGAAGAGCUUCGUCAGCAGUACUUUUCCUACUUGAUCGACGCCGGAUUCGUCUCAGUCGAUGAUGCGUUCCGACAGGAACUCAACAAGCUCAGGUACCGUAGUGGCGGCUCGGCCAAUUUCUCUAAGCCGCGCUUCAUGACGAUCCCUGCCCACCUCGACGUCAACUCGUCGAGUCUGGCCAUGAUCCACGCCACACUGGCCGCCGGCCUGUAUCCCAAAUUGCUGCACAUCGACGCGAAGACGUACCAGCUCAAGACGAUUGGCAACAACCAGCCUACGGCGAUCCACCCGUCGUCAGUCAACUUCAGGGCCAAGAUGUCGGAACUGGUACGCAGCUCUAGCAGCUACAUGCUGUACUACACGAUGAUGCAGAGCAAGAAGCUAUAUGCCUGGGAGACAGGUCUGAUGGACGACAAAGCCGUCUACAUGCUUUGCGGAGAAGGGGAAUUCAGGCUGGCGUCGAACAGCCUCUACAUUGACCGACAGAGGAUUCGAAUCGCCAGUGCGGACCCGAAGACGUUGGUGGCGCUCAAGACGCUCCGGGAUGGAUUGGGCAAGCUGAUGAAGGCGAGUUUCAGGAACCCGGGCAAAGAGUGGAGCGAUGGGCAGGAGAAGCUGUUUGAGCUGGCGUGCAAGGUGCUUGGCGUAGGAGCGAAUGAGAAGGAUCUUGCUCUGUUGCAGUAG